AGGGAAGAAACAUGAGGCUGGUGUCGGUUUUGGUGGUGACUGCACUGCUUGUCAGUGAUGUGACAGGGACGGACAAUUCCACGGAAGUGGAGGAGACUCUGCGGGCCUUUGGAGAAAUAACCAGAGGACCUUGUGAGAUCGGCUGGUACGAAUAUCGCCCUACAAAAUCCUGUUACCGCUGUUUCAAUUCCACGAAAACAUGGAAAGAAGCUGAGAUUUUCUGCAACAGAGAGAAACAUUAUGGACAGCUGGCUUCUGUGACUUCAUGUGACCACAACGAGUUCAUUUCCAAGUUGGUACGUAAGGCAACCACAGGUUCACGACCAGCUUGGAUUGGCCUGAAGGACGUAUGCAAGAAUGGGAAUUUCUUGUGGGGUGAUGAAUCUUCAGUCAGAUACCUGAACUGGGCUGAAGGAAGACCUGUGGAUCCUAAACAUGGUCAACACUGUACAUUCAUUCACAAGAGUUCCAGUGAUUGGGUUGAUUGUAAUUGCAAUGCUCGUCUAUUCUAUGUCUGUGCCUACAAAUAUCACUGA